UGCUUAACCAGGUUGCUACGAAUGUUCGCAGCGCCGCAUCAAUUGCGAUAAGGGAGAGCCUAGUUGCGACAAGUGUGUAUUGAAGGGGAUAGAAUGUAGUGGUAUUAGUGGCCAAAGGCAGAGGUUCCGCACUUGGGCCGCACCCGAGCAGAAGGGACAGGCAAAGCCGAGUCUCGCCAACCGCCCCUUAAAUCGUCGGGUACACUUCGUCGUCUCUCCAGAAGCAGAUAGUCUUCGGAGCCGCAUAGUAGUCUCAAAAGAAAAUAGGGGCUCGCCCCAUACCCGCCACUCAUGCGUCGCUCUAACUCCUGGCUCAGCAUGGGGCCAUCCCUCCAACAAAUUCGAACCCAUCCCAACCGAACACUUGAAAAUUUCACUAACCACUCACACUCUGGAUUAUGUUGCUCCUUGGCAGCGUUUCAUAUUGAAUCAUUUUUCUACCUAUAUCGCGCCUGAGAUGGUUAUUAUUGACGAUCGCAACAAUGGCUGGCGACAUCUCAUUCUGCCGCUAGCCUGCGCCGAUGAGCUUGUCAUGUAUUCUGUCUUAACCGUCGCCGCGCUUCAUUUUUCCGAAAGAGCACAGGGCCAACACGUCGCCGACCCGAUCAGAUUGUAUUCCAAAACAAUCAAUGAGCUUCAAAAGAGAAGGGACCUAUGCGAAGGUGAUCUUGAAGCAAGAUAUCGCAUCAUCGUAACAAUUAUUGUACUAUUAUUAUCCACUCUUGUCGAUGGGUGUCCCGAUUUCACCAUUCUCUUCCGUAUGUUGCAGUCCGCUCUCGACGUAAUUGGCGGAGAAAAGUCUCUCGCCGCCAGUAAGAACGCCAUUGCUAGCUUUUCGGCCAAACAGAUCCGCAAGAUAAGCGUCUAUAUGUCCCCCUUCAUCAGUCAAGAUGCAGGGGUAUGCGCUAUUGCCACACAGGUUCAACAACGUUGGGAUGAUCAGGAAUACCUAUUCCAAUUGUACCCAGACCAUGCAUAUACGUUACCACUGACUUCCAGUCUUAGAGAACUGGCGUUCCAGAUUUAUUUACAACAGAUACGUGGAGUAGUAGAUACCAAUGUAAAAAUAUCGGAUAUGGUAUCUAGAUUUAGAUUGAUGCUCGAAUCCAUCCCGGAAGAUGGAGAAGCUGAACACGUACUUAUUUGGCCAGUGUUCAUCGUUGCAUCAGCAAGCUAUACAGCAGAACACAACAUCUAUUUUACACAAUUCUUGGAGAGACAGUUCUCGCGUAGCGGCUUUCGGAAUAUUAUUAAAGCCGUAGAAUCCCUACGGAGAAUAUGGGCAAGAAACAGGUAUGAAGAUUGGACGACGCUACUAUCGGAGCAAGAAGUGUUUGUCAUGUAAACCCAGUUACUACCUGUCAACUCAAAAAUAAACACAACGUUCAAUAUGAUAGAA